AUGGAGGGAGCGGGAGGCGUAGACAACUUGGCUUUCGUCCCGUCCAGCCCUGGCCCCAAUCGCCGUUUGCCGGCAUCUCCCGCUGAAGUGGAGGUCUCCGUCUCGACCAGCGCCGAGGAACAGACGCUGCCCCCGCCGCCGCAGCCCGUGCAGCCGCCCCCGGAGCUCCUGGAGGAGGGUCCCUGUGGCUGGGGACGCUUCACUCCCGCCUGUCUGCAGCGCUGCAACAACCCCAAGGGCUUUCUGUUUCACUACUGCCUCCUGGCCCUCAUCCAAGGUAUUGUAGUAAAUGGCCUAGUAAAUAUUAGUAUAUCUACUAUUGAAAAGCGCUAUGAAUUGAAGAGUUCCUUGACCGGCCUGGUAUCAUCAAGCUAUGACAUUUCAUUCUGUUUAUUGUCCUUAUUUGUGUCAUUCUUUGGAGAAAAAGGUCAUAAACCAAGAUGGCUUGCUUUUGCAUCUUUUAUGAUGGGACUAGGAUCUCUUGUAUAUUCUUUGCCACACUUUACAAGUGGAGAAUAUCAUUUUGGAUCUAAAUUUGAAGACACUUGCCCAGCGAUGGGAAACACUACCAGUUGCAGGGAUGCUUCCUCCAAGCUUUCUAGCUACCUUUAUGUGUUCAUCUUGGGACAACUCUUUCUGGGAGUAGGAGGAACUCCUCUUUACACACUAGGGACAGCUUUUAUUGAUGACAGUGUGGCUACGCAUAAGUCAUCUCUUUAUAUAGGAAUUGGAUUUUCUAUGUCAGUCCUAGGUCCUGCUAUUGGCUAUGUUUUGGGAGGACAGCUGCUAAAAAUCUAUAUAGAUGUUAAUAUGAAAAAAAGCAUUUUUAUGAAUGAAGAUGAUCCUCGCUGGCUGGGUGCUUGGUGGAUUGGAUUUAUUUUGUCCUGGUUCCUGGCAUGGUCCUUGAUUAUGCCUUUUUCUUGCUUUCCAAAGCAUUUGCCAGGCACAGCAGAAACACAGGCUGGAAAAAUUUCUCAAGCCCAUCAUAAUGAAAAUGCCACACAAACUACAGACAAGAAUUUUGGGAAAAGCAUUAAGGAUUUUCCAACUGCUCUUAAGAUUUUGCUGAAAAAUCCUGUAUUUCUGUGUUUAGCUCUAUCUACUAGUACAGAAGCUUUAAUUACUACUGGCUUUGCUACAUUUUUGCCUAAAUUUAUAGAAAAUCAAUUUGGAUUAUCAUCCAGCUUUGCAGCUACACUGGGAGGAGUUGUUUUAAUUCCAGGGGCAGCAGUGGGGCAAAUUUUGGGUGGCAUCAUUGUGUCUAAAUUCAAAAUGGCUUGCAAAAAUAUCAUGAAGUUUUCACUGUUGAUGGCAGUAAUGGCCCUUAUAUUGAGUUUCAUAUUUAUUUUUGCUAAAUGUGGAAAUGAGCCAUUUGCUGGUGUCUCUGAAGCAUAUAAUGGGACAGGAAUGUUGGGAAACUUGACAGCCCCUUGUAAUGCUAAUUGCAACUGCCUGAAUUCAUUUUACUAUCCUGUCUGUGGAAGAGAUGGUAUCCAGUAUUUUUCUCCCUGCAUUGCUGGCUGCAAAAAUUCAGUUCCCGAAAGUCGGCCAAAGGUAUACUACAACUGUUCCUGUAUUGGGAGGACAAAACAAAUACCUUUUGCAGAAAGCACUGAGGCUAAAGCUGGGAAGUGUGAAAUCGGCUGUACAAAUAUGCCUAUAUUCCUUGGCUUUUUUUUUAUUACUGUUAUUUUUACUUUUAUGGCUAGUACUCCAAUUACUGUAGCUAUUCUUCGGUGUGUGAAUAACCACCAACGCUCCCUAGCCCUUGGUGUACAGUUUGUUUUGGUCCGGUUACUCGGUACAAUUCCUGGACCAAUUGUGUUCGGCUUUGCAAUAGAUAGUUCUUGUACUCUUUGGGACAUUAACCAAUGUGGAAUUAGAGGAGCUUGCUGGAUAUAUGACAACAUCAAAAUGGCCUUCAUGCUGGUAGGAAUAAGUGUUGGUUGUAAAGUACUAACAAUCAUCUUCAAUGGUCUUGCAAUCUUCUUGUAUAAACCUCCUCCUUCUGGCACAAAUGUCACAUUUGAGAGUGAUAAUGUAGUUGUGGCUUCUGUCCCAGUAGAAUCUGAUCACAGCAAAACAAGGCAUGAUGGAUAAAAGAGACAAGAAGAGAAUGUUCCAACAGUGAAAUGACAAUUUUUUUAAGAAUUGUAAAUUGCCAUUGCAGCAUUAUCCAUACCAAAUGGAAAAAUCACACUUUUGGUGUGGUGAAGAGUUAACAACUGAAUUCAAUUUUUCAGGUGUUAAUGAAUGUUUACUUUUGCAGCUUCAAAAGUAAGAAAGCAGAAAAUGUGUUUUUAAGUUUCACUGAAAGACUCCAAGACCUGGAAUAUAAAAUUUGUAUAUUCAUUUUUAAUUUCCAAACUAAACAUAAAAACAAAAAAAAUGCCUGUAAACUAAAUUCCAUACUAAAUGUUAUUAACAAAGAUAAUUGAUACUGUUAGCAGAGGAUUAGUGAAAUAUCAAUCCAUUUUAUAAAGGCUUUGUACAUUUCACUUUCUCUCCUAACUUAAAGUCAAAACUAUCAUUAUUAUGUACAAACUCCAUAGUUAAGGUGUAGAGCCAAUCUCAAUACCUUUUAUGGAGCCUAUUGACUGAGAAUUAUAUGUACAAUAAUACUACUGAUUAAUAAUUUUUACCAUCCCUACUACUUUUUGUUUUUUAAUAAACAAUAAUGUGCA